AUGCAGGUGACGGAGCUGAACGAGCCUCUUUCCAACGAAGAGAGGAACCUGUUGUCCGUUGCCUACAAAAAUGUGGUGGGGGCACGGCGUUCCUCUUGGCGAGUAAUUAGCAGCAUUGAGCAGAAGACCUCUGCCGAUGGGAACGAGAAGAAGAUAGAAAUGGUCCGGGCCUACCGUGAGAAGAUCGAGAAGGAGCUGGAAGCGGUGUGCCAGGAUGUCCUGAGCCUGCUGGACAACUACCUGAUCAAGAACUGCAGCGAGACACAGUACGAGAGCAAAGUCUUCUACCUGAAGAUGAAAGGGGACUAUUACCGCUACCUGGCCGAAGUGGCCACUGGUGAGAAGAGGGCGACCGUGGUGGAGUCUUCGGAGAAAGCCUAUAGCGAAGCCCAUGAGAUCAGCAAGGAGCACAUGCAGCCGACCCACCCCAUCCGGCUCGGGCUGGCGCUUAACUACUCGGUUUUCUACUACGAGAUCCAGAACGCUCCGGAGCAAGCCUGCCACCUGGCCAAGACGGCUUUCGACGACGCCAUUGCCGAGCUGGACACCCUCAACGAGGACUCCUACAAGGACUCAACGCUCAUCAUGCAGCUCCUCCGUGACAACCUAACGCUCUGGACGAGCGAUCAGCAAGACGACGACGGCGGAGAAGGCAACAACUAGACCCCCCCGAUGGACUGGCAGCCGCACGCUGAUGCUAACUACUGCAGUCUUUAUUUUUUUCCCACGAGUGGGGGGGGGGCAGGGGUGGGGGAGGGAAAGGGAGGGGACACCUUCCCAGGGAGGCCCCCCACAACCUGUCUUUGAUUGCCUCGUUGACAUUUUUGCCAAAACACCACUAGUGGAAGUCAGGCUGGCUGUGCUGGUAUGGAAUAGCAGCCUCACUGGCAUAUGGACUGUUCUGUAGAUUAUUAAUACAAGUGGAGCUGUCUUUAAUUUAACUUUAUCGCUAGAAAUAAAAGGGUUUUAAGAUGAAUU